UUGAAAUAUUUCAGUAAUUAAUAGUUGAAUUGUGUGGUAGGCUGAGUUUCUUAGAGCAUUACUUGAAUUUAUAUUCCAUAAUUAUAAACUAACAAAACCCAGAAGUCAGAAUUGUUAUCAAAGCCAUGAGAUAAUGUUUGAUGCAAUGAAGAUUACAAUUGAAAAUCACAAGUAUCAGUCAUGUAAACAGCAUCGAGGGAGAGAGAUGAGGUUGAAGAAGAAGCUUCAUCUACAGCAGAAGUAUGUAAACAAGAGCUUAUAAAAAAGCACGCCCACAAGUCACGUGCUUUACAUUCCCCAAGUGGUAAAAUAAACCUUUUGUUUAUCACCCUCAGCAGCAGCCAAGCCACCAAAAUCACCCCCACGCCCAAGUAACCCAACACCGAUAGCCACCACACCUGACCGGUCGUAACCCCCUUCUCCUCACCGUCGGCCAACCCCUCCUCCCUCUUCCCAUCACCUCCUCCUCUCCCCGAUCUCCCCUCAAAUUUGUGUUUCAUAAUUAAUUUCUGGGUUUCAAUGUUGAUGAUUUUUCAAUUGGAUUUCUGGUAUUCAUGCAUAUCAGUAAUCAAUUUUAUUGAAUGAAUUGAAAUACCAGUCUUGCGGAUCUGCAAACCCCAGAAGGGCCUCAAACUCAAUAGCAACUGCUCCAUAUACACUCCAUUGAAGUUCGAAUUCUGAGACUGCAAAAGAUGGAGAGCAGUGAAGAACAGAAGCUCCAAGUUAGAAAACUAGACCUCUCAGACAAAAGCAAGGGCUUCAUAGAACUACUGCAACAGCUAACUGUUUGUGAUUCUGUGUCCGAUAAGGACUUUGAAGAUCGAUUUAGGGAGCUUAAUGCCCGUGCAGAGGACCAUCGGGUCCUUGUUAUAGAAGAUGAUCGUUCUGGAAAGAUUGUUGCAACUGGGAGUGUGUUCAUUGAAAGGAAGUUUAUAAGGAACUGUGGCAAAGUUGGGCACAUUGAAGACGUGGUGGUUGAUGCCAAUGCUCGUGGGAUGCAGCUAGGGAAGAAAAUUAUUAAUGCCCUCACGGAUUAUGCUCAUUCUCUGGGGUGUUAUAAGGUGAUUCUUGAUUGCAAUGUUGAGAAUAAAGCAUUCUAUGAGAAGUGUGGCUACAAGCAGAAAGAAAUUCAAAUGGUGAAGUAUUUCAUUUGAGAAACAUUACAUUUUCUUUUAAGUUUGCUUUGGGAUUAUACUUAGAUCUUCUUUGGGGUGGGGAGGGGGGAGAACACCAGUUCUUUAAUUGGUUCAUGGUUGCAAGGCAAAGACCUACAUGGGAUGAUUUAUGACUUGUGAUAUUGUUUCAUGCAUUGAGGCUGGCUCCUGUGGCAAAUUUUGCUGGUUUAUUA